AUGUCGAUGUCCGUGGCAUGUAAAACCAUUAAUGUGUCACCUGCUUGUAAAACCAUUCAUGUGUCACCUGCAUUGGGGCAGUACAACCCAGAUUCUGUCGAGGUGAUCAUGAGCCAAAACGGGUGUGUUCCAAAUGAUCAAAGCCAGAUUUUAGGCACUGAGCUCAACCUGAUGGAGAUGACAGAAGUGGAGUACACCCACCUUCAGCACAUAAUCCAGUCACACAUGGAGGCACAAGCGGCUGGUCCAGAGGGAUCUGGAGAUGCCCGGUUCAACACUACCGUAUUCACCGUGGAAAACUCUGCACCCCAACCUACAAACUGCGAAGCAGAAUACCCAGCCAAGUCUCCCCCGAACACUCCACCUGAUGCUAUGUCAACUUCAACUGAUGAGCAGCAGUACAUUCUCGGCAGCUUGAACCAGGGUGGACAGGUUGACAUCAAGGAAAUUAAAAUGGUAUUGGUCAGUGACGGGAACGUUAUACCUGGAGAACGGACCCCCACCACUUGCGGUGAAGUCCCCGGCUCCGUUUUGGCUAAAGUCAGGAGUGCAGUGGAUGCGACCCAAGAACGUGGCUUGGAAGCAUACAACAACGGUAGCACACAGCUAUUGUCCAGGCCCAACCCACCCGCCCGAGUUCGCUUGGAGAAGAGGUUCAACUGCGCCCCCUGUGACAUCUCCAGACAACAGGACGGAUAUGGGAAUGUCCCUCAUAUGCUUGACCCCAAUAAGCAUCAAGGGUUGAUCAUUCCAAAGAACUUCACAUUCAGCUAUCGGCAAGACAAGAUGCCUGACAAAGUUCCAUGCGUCAACAGCCCCAACCCAACAGAGGAGAAAGUUUGGGUGAAGGUGGAAGAUGAUGCUGUGGCGAAGCCUGCUAAACGCGGUAGGACCCGUGGAACAUGUGCUGUCAAGACCUCUGGCGUUGUCACAGACUCAGUGGAGGGAAGAGCAACUGGAGGAGCAGGCGCAAAAAAGAGAGGAGGGCCGCCAGUGGAAAGUAGCCAGCGCAGAGAGAGACACAACAGCAAGGAGCGGGAUCGCAGGAGGAGGAUCCGCUUCUGCUGUGAUGAGCUGAAUGUGCUGGCGCCAUUCUGUAACCACGAGACGGACAAAGCCACCACCCUGCAAUGGACCACCGCCUUCCUCAAGUACGUCAGAGAGGUGUACGGGGACUCCAUCAAACAGGAGUUCCAGGGCACGUUCUGUGGCAAGACUGGUCAGCGGCUCAAGCCCAGCAGUGCCUCAGGCCAGGUCAUGGUCCGCCAGGAGACAGCAGAGCCAUCUAGCACCCCACAGGCAUCGGAGCAGUAAAUACACACCUACACCUAUUUAAUAAUUAUUCUAUUUAUUAUUAAUUUAUUUUACCCUCAAGAGUAGCUGUGAUCCAUCGGGUUUGGCUUUGGAAUGUUAGCUGUCACAAAAGCAUCAAGUAUUGCCAGAGGGACAGACACAUCCAUUUGAUUGUUUUUUUCGGGGGGAAAAAAGGAUUUGGGUGUUCUGUUUAUUGCUUUAUUUCAACACCUUGAAAUAUUAUUUUUCCUCUGUGAUUAUUAUCCCCCUUGACAGAGCAUGUUCUCCAUGUAAUUUUCCAUCUUCAUCUAUUUGGGCACAGUUUUUGUAUCAGAGAUUUCAUAAAUGUUUAUUUUUGCUUAAAAGUGUUCACGUUCGACUAAUAUUUGAAACGAGCUUCCCUUCCAAACCUCAUGAAUGACAAUAAUUAAAACGGGUGAAGGUUUUAAGUUUGACCAUGGAAGUAACAUUCCAACAUGGUUUUGAGGGUCUUGAAUGUACAAUGCAAGUUUAACUGCACUCCAGGACUCCUAUGGAUCAGGUUAGUGUGUAUGAGGAAGGAGAGAUGUUUUUUUAUACAACUUUACAUAAUUGUGAUUCUUUAUGAGCCAACAAACCUUUUUAUAAAAAAAAAAGUGCUUUACUGAAAGUCAUGCACAGGAGGCACUGUUUCUCUAGGAUAGGAGUUAACAUGGUGAUCUACUGACUAGAUUUCAGUUAGGUUAACAUAUGUAAUAUAGUUCCAUUUUUAAUCAUACGUGCAUCUUUAUCUGCAAUUGUAAUUUAUUUUGAAUUUGUGUUUUAUACAGGGUUGUUUGGUACUUGUGGCAACAGUAAACCACAUUAACAACACAUGCAGCCUUCUAAAUGUAUAUUGUUCAGUGUUGCUCCACUCUGUAUAUACAACUCUGGAAAAAGUUCAGUUUCCAUGACAGUUUUUCAUAUUACCUUAAUAUUAGAUAUUUAAAAAUAAAUGUGACUUAAUUUACUUGCCUUUGUGUUUAUCUCCUGAUUGUUUGAUUGCAUGAACAUUCAGUUGGUUAACUUGAUAUGUAGAAAAGAGUAAUGUUUUACUGAAAAGUGGCUUUAUUUGUUAUUUCUUACAACAUGGUGCUGUAGCAACUUACUGUACAUACAACAGUCACCCACAAAUAAUAAAUAGUAAUGUAUAUUUAAUAGUUACAGCAC